AUGACGAUGAACUACCAUUACUACAAUGCCAGCUCGCGCUACGAAAUGGUCGUGGAGAUAGCCAAUAUCGCGCUGGACGAGUUCAAGACCCAUCAUACCUCACGCAACUACACGGGCCUGGUGCAGCGCUACUACCAAUUGGUGGAAGAGGAUUAUGGCGAUCCGCGUGCGGAACGCUUCCACCUGAUGGACCAUCCGAUGUUCACCUUCGGCCUGGUGGCCAUCUACCUCUCCUGGGUGCUCGUCCUGGGGCCCCUCUUCAUGCGCGACCGCAAGCCCUUCCAGCUACGCCGCACCCUGGUCAUCUACAACGCCUUUCAGGUGGCCCUCAGCGGCUACAUGUUCUACGAGCACUUAAUGGCCGGCUGGCUGAACUACAAUCUGAAGUGCCAACCGGUUGACUACUCGGAUGGUCCCAUGUCCAAGCGGAUGCUCAACCUGUGCUACAUCUACUACCUGUCAAAACUGACGGAAUUCGCCGACACCGUGUUCUUUGUGCUGCGCAAGAAAUCCUCACAGAUCACCUGGCUGCAUGUUUACCAUCAUUCGGUGACGCCGCUGGAGACCUGGGUCCUGGUCAAGUUCCUUGCAGGUGGAAAUGCCACAUUCCCCAAUCUGCUGAACAACUUUGUGCAUGUGUGCAUGUACUUCUAUUACAUGAUGUCCGCCAUGGGACCCGAGUACGCCAAGUUCCUGUGGUGGAAGAAAUACAUGACCGAGCUGCAGAUCGCCCAGUUCGUGCUGUGCAUCUUCCAUACGUUACGCGCCCUCUUCAGCAACCAGUGCCAGUUCUCGAAGUUCAUCUCGGCCCUCCUUCUGCUGAAUGCCUCCAUAUUCUUUUGCCUCUUCAUGAACUUCUACAUGCAGAGCUACAAGAAGUCCAAGGCCCAGCAGGCGCUACAGCAGCAGCAGCAGGAGAAGCUCACGGCAGCCCAGGAGGUGGCGUCGAAGGCAGACAGCAACAACAAUAACCAUAUGGAGAUGCUGACACAGAAGCUGAAGGCCCACUAGAAUAGAAGAGGAAGUGCUUCCACGGAUUGCUCGAAAAGGGAACAAAAAUUUUUUGCAUACUCGUAAACUGGACAAAUUGGUGUUGGCAACAGAUCAAACGUUGGAAGUAGUUUUGGUACAAAGGUUUUAACUUACGUUAAGCUUAAGCUUAAGAGCCAUAAAUGCACAGAUAGACAGACGCACACGGAUAGUUAGGAAGUCCAGCCAGACAGCCAAACAGCCAGAAGAAGAGCCACCUCUUUACGGGGCGUAUGAGGAAUUCAAUUAUUCUACCAGCCUCUCCUACGACUGCGCUAGCUUUGCUUUAUUGCUUCGCUUGUCACGGACAUCCGUCCGGUCAUGCGUCCGCUGAAGAGAAUGCCCCUCUGGUUAGCAGUCGUAACUGUAUUCGUAAUGUGAACUGUAUAAGAAACUGGGUCAAUUUUCGAGAUCUGCCUAAGCUGUAAGUCACCUAAUUCUAGAACCUCACGAACGUAGCGUAGUUUUUAAUCGAACUCUGCGCUACCCCCGAUAGUGCCUAAGUAAGUGUUAAUUGUAAUUGUGUAUAGACGAUUUGUAAAUAGCCUGUUAAAUGUUAAAUAUUUGUAGUCCGCUAAGCCCUCUAGCCUAAGCAAACUAGUCUAACUUACAACAUGCGCGCAACUCAAUACUGAGGAGCACGACUAUAAAGCGAAGACAAAUAAAAGCGAAGAAAAGAUACAUUU